UGUCCCACUCACACACACACUCACCGACACCGCUCUGAUACACACCAUGCGUACCUGUCCGGAGCUAUUCUACCACCCCAUGCUGGAUUUUACUGCUGCGUCCGGCUGAUACCGACUCGGACAGACUGUGAAAGGAUACUCCGACCUGCGGACUUUAGAAGAUUUUUCUUCCUUGUGUUGUUUUGUUGAACAGUGAGAGCUGAGCGCCGCAAAGGGUUAUAAAUAAGGAGGAGCCCUGCCAUGAGAGUUGACUUUUGAGUCUAAGCCAAGAAGCCCAACAGCCCUUUGUAUUUGUGUCCUGUGUGAACUGGAGCCACGGUCCAACCAUGAGGAGCAGCUCUCAUGUCCUGCCUCUUGGUGUGCUCACGGCUCUGCUGCUGUCUCAGGUCUGCUCCGGCAUCAAAUGGCUAGCGCUAUCACACACUCCUGCAUCUUUACACAUCAACCAUACCCAACACUGUAAGCUGCUGCCCGGCAUGGUGUCCUCCCAAGCUCAGCUGUGCCGCAGCAACCUGGAGCUCAUGCAAACCAUUAUCCAAGCUGCCCGCGAAGUCAAGAAAACAUGCCAGAAGACCUUUUCUGAUAUGCGCUGGAACUGCUCCUCCAUUGACAUCCCAGUUGAUGCCCCGAAGUAUCGGCCAGACCUCGACCGAGGAACGAGAGAGGCAGCAUUUGUCUACGCCUUGUCCGCAGCAACCAUCAGCCACACCAUAGCACGGGCGUGCACUUCUGGAGAUUUGCGGAUCUGCUCGUGUGGUCCUAUUCCUGCGGAGAUCCUAGAGCCCGGCUAUCGCUGGGGUGGCUGCGCUGACAACCUGCAUUACGGUUUGAUGAUGGGCACAAAGUUUUCUGACGCUCCCAUGAAGAUGAAGCGUGCGGGUUCCCAUGCCAACAAACUGAUGCACCUACACAACAGUGAAGUCGGGAGACAAGUAUUGAAAGAGGCGCUGGUGAUGAAGUGUAAAUGUCAUGGUGUGUCCGGCUCCUGCUCUAUAAGGACCUGCUGGAGAGGCCUGCAAGACCUGAGGGAGAUUGCCAUGGACCUGAAGACAAAGUACCUGUCUGCCACCAAAGUGGUUCACCGGCCCACAGGGACACGCAAGCAGCUGGUACCCAAAGACAUUGACAUCAGGCCGGUGAGGGAGAACGAGCUUGUCUACCUGCAGAGCUCCCCAGACUUCUGUAGCAAGAAUGACAAACAGGGCUCUGUUGGCACACAGGACAGGCAGUGCAACAAAACCUCCCUCGGCAGUGACAGCUGUGACCUGAUGUGCUGCGGCCGUGGCUACAACCCGUACACAGAGAAGCUAGUGGAGCGCUGCCACUGCAAGUACCACUGGUGCUGCUACGUAACCUGCAAGAAGUGUGAGCGGAUUGUGGAGAGAUACGUCUGUAAAUGAGUCUGUGCCAAUGACGGCAGUCCCCACCAGCAGUCCUCUACUCGUACCCAGCCAUCCGAGGCUACAGAUUAACCAAAGCACUACAGUACCAAGAAGGCUUACUUUGGUCUUAAGCUUUAGCAUGUGUAUCUCAAGGAGAAAAUGGUCUAUUCUUGUGUCAGUAUCAUUUUUGUAUCAAAUCUCCACACUGCCAAUUGGGCUUCUCAGCUUUUUCGCUUCAGAAACAUGGAUGUGGAGAGUGUGGCGACAGCGCCGGUUUACGUGAAGACCGCCGUCCUCCUGGGUGUUUCCUUUUUCUUGUUAAUGAUUAUAAAUCCCCCUAACAGGGAUACUGAAAGUCUAUUUUAUUAUAUCUCUAGUAAAAAAGAAAUAAUAUUGGAUUUUAUGCUGGAGG